ACGACCAUGAUUGGGCACCAACGCAAGAUUUGAUUGUUACCGUGGUGUUCGACAGCCCUACACGCGUUGUAAUAGAUAUUUAGGCUUCUAUUCAGUCAUGUCGUCAUCUGCGGUGUCUCUGACACCGUUGCACUCGAAGAAACAAGCUCCUGGCAAGAAACGGCGCCCCAAUUUCCGUCCGAUUGUCCGAAAAGGGAGCAAGGCAACCAAGCCGUCGGCGCUUGCGACACCAGAUGAGACGAUCGAGUCCAUUGACAAUGCAAAUGAAGAAGAAACAGGGAUGUCCGUUGUCGAUUCACCGACUGUUCCCACAUCAGUUCUAACGAAAAGAGCAGAAUCUGCUGUCAGGGUUUCCUUGUCAAAGGCUGCUGUUACGCAUUCUCCGCCAUCAAAACAAGCACCGAAGCGUGGAAAAAAGCGCAAGACGAUCGGGGUCUCCAUCGGAUCUACGCGUGCGGCUCGGCCCGAAACUUCGACUGAGAAAUUAAGUGAUGAGAAUACUUUGCACGAAGAGCACUUCCCCGCGUCGGAGCCCCUCCGAAAAAGUACCCCCAAAGCUGCUAUUACUAAACAAGGGUCUACCAUACCGAUCGUAGAAACUGCAAUCAUUCCGGAAGAUACCAGCGGUGGUCCCAAUUUAAAAAACUACUGCAGUACAUUCCGAUCCAAACGAGGAAAGGACCAACCUAGAGUAGCUGUGGCGGCUGCACCAGAACCAGAAUUAGACCAGGCCAAUGCACCAACUUUAUCAGCCGGCCCGGUCGUCAAAGUUGUCAACGGCGAAAUUGUGUUACAAGAAAGUAGUAUGGUAGUAAACGCGAGUUCCAAAGAAGUCGAGGAGUUUCCAGUGGUAGAAGAAGAGGCUCAAUUGGCCGUAGUCGGUGCUUCCUACAACUCUUUCACGAAUCGCAAAAAGCCACAGCACUGGAAUGUUGUCGAGACUCAACUUUUUUACGAAGCUUUGCGCCAAGUUGGUCUCGACUUUGGUACGAUGGAAGCGUACUUCGAGAAUAGACGGACGCGCAAGCAGCUCAAGCGGAAAUAUCAAAAGGAGUCGAGUAAAAAUCCGCAUUUAAUUGAAGCUGCAUUGGAUCCUACGGCGCGGAGAGGGAUUGAUUUAUCGGUGUUUGAUGUGACGGCUGAAGACAUCGCAAAGCAGGUAGAACUGGAGAAUACUCAAGAACCCGUUCGAGAGACACGCCUUUUGCCAGUGGACAAUGACAGAGAGCUAAUCGAAGUUGUGGAAGAGGACGAGCUCACCGUAACCGAGACCGAGCGAGCUUCACCGAGUUUAGACUCGGCUCUACAGCAGACUUUAUUAUGGGGAAAGGAUGAGGCUGAGCUGGUUGAUACUCGUCCCGCAUUGGACGAUCACAUGUUUGACGAUGAAGCUCAAGCAGAGGAGACAGUGAAGGUUACUCUGAUUUCUAACGUCAACAAAACCAACAAGAAGAAAAAGCCGAAGUUUCGCUCACGGAAAACCAAAAAAUAG